AUGAGUUUUCUCGAUUCUAUUCUCUCGUCUAUCCAGACGGGUAAACCCUCACAAUCCCCACUGUCUCAAGCGCCAGCUUCGCCCGCACCAGCUGCAGUUCCCAAGAAGGUGGAACGAAAAUCGCUCGAUGAGCGACCAGUGCCUCCAACCAGUGCAAAUGUUGGAGUGAAGCGAAAGGCCGAGGACUCGCUACCCCGGCCCCCCAAACCUGAAACCAAAAUGACGAGCAAGCCCGCAGUCAUGAAGCCAACGGUUGCGACCAAGCCAACUGUUGCUCCUGCGAUACCAAAGGCGUUGCAAAAGCCCGUCUUGGCUGCCAGUCCCAAGCCGGUCCCCCCAAAGCCUACUAUCAAAAGCAGCACAUCUGCGGCAUCUGCGGCGACAAAAGCGACACCCCCCCAGAAAGUCCCCGCCAAGCCGACCCCCUCAGUCGCGCCUGUGCAAUCCAAACCACCACCCAAGGGAUCUUUUGCGGCGAUCAUGGCGCAAGCAAAGGCCGCUCAGUCCAAGGCACCCGUACAGGUGGGCAUGCUGAAGCACCAAGCCUGUCCCAAAGAAAGACUCAGCAAACUUGAGCGCAAACGACGGAUGGAGGAGGAACUGGCGAAACAAAAAGAAGCGCGAUCGGGCAAAAAGCCCGUGCCUGGAGGCCCCAGCAAGGACAGGCCUGCCCGCCAGCGUGAUACCGAGGGACCGUCUUACAAGGGCACCGCCAAACCGACCCAGACACCUGAGCCGCCUGCAUAUCGCGGCACGCUGGGCUUGCCGUCCCGGCGUGGUGGACACGACCGCCGACACCAGUCUCGUAAUGGACGACAAAAUGAAUACCUCGGCACUGACGAGGAAGACGAGGGUGACUACGGUGGCUAUGAUGAUUAUUACUCGGAUGCAUCAUCCGACAUGGAGGCUGGAAUGGAUGACGUGGACCGCGAAGAAGCGGCUGCGUUGAAAUUUGCAAAGCGAGAAGAUGAAGAAGAGCUGCGACGGGAGAUGGCAGCUAAAAAGCAGAAGCUUGAGCGUCAGCGUAAAUUGGCUGCUCUUGCUUCUUCUAGAAAGCGAUGA